AUGGGUUUUGUAGAUAAAACAGAUACAGAAAUCCUUAAAUAUUAUUCUUUAUCGACUUUGUAUCCAUCAGAAUGGGUAGAUUUACCAAAUGAAUCAAUUGUAUGUGAUUCAGAAUUGCUAGAUGAAGAUUGCCCGGAUCCUUUAGGAAUGGGAGAUUCUGUUUUUAAGUUGGCUGAACAAAAUGGCACAACGGUUCCUGAUUCAAUAGAAUUACGAUCUAAAUAUCUCGUUUCAUCGAAAACAUUUAAUCCAACCUUAUUUUUAAGAGACAUUCAUUCAAACGAUCGGUACUCAGAAUUGUUAUCUGGAUUAAGAUGGUUAAAACAAUCAAUUGAGAAAAGAUCAGAUGCAUUAAAAAUGCUUGUUGAAAGCAAUUUUAGUAGAUUUGUAAAAGCAAAAACGACAAUUGAUUUUAUUUGUCGAGGAAUGAAGCAAAAUUCAUUAAAUCAAGAAGGAGAUUAUGGGAUUCUAAAACUAAAAUCAAGCAUUAAUGACGCAACCACAAAAGCAACACAAAUAUUCGAGCCAAUUAUAGAAAAUCGAACAAAAGGAUAUCGUUUACUAUCUACUCUUUCUAUUUUAGAGAACUACAGAUACUAUUUUAAUCUUCCAUCAAUGAUGCUGGAUUAUAUUGAAAAGAAUGAUCAUGCAAUGCUAAUACGUGAAUAUUACAGAUGCAAAGAUGCAUUUGAGGAAGAACAAAAAGCUGUUGAAGGUUCAGCUGAUAUUAUUGAAUCUCAGAAACCUAAAGUUUUUGAACGAAUUUGGAAAGAAGUACAAAAAAUUAUUGAAGAUUAUAAAAAAAAUAUUUUUGAGCAGUUUUCGACAUAUAAAACAAUAGAGGAACAGCACAAGCUAAUAUGUAUACUCUUAGAAUUAGGUACAACUGAAAAUCCGAUUCUUUAUGCUCUUAAAUGUCAAAAUUCUCGGCUUAUAGAAAGUUUAGAACAAGAAUUUAAGGAGGAACGUGCUAAAGUUGAAGCUGCUCGUCAACAAUUAGCUAAAUUAUCUCCUCCAACUGAUAAACAAAUAAUAUAUCUACUGAAAAAGCCAUUAAGAAAGUACCAACUAUCUGAUGCAUGGGAAGUGUCGCCAGAUGCUGGAAUGUGGGAUUUACUCGAAAAAAUGAUUAAACAUAUAUUUAUUCAUAAAUUUCAUGAAUUUAAAAGUUAUCUUGAAAUUGUAUGUAAAGUUUCCCAGGGAAAUUUAUUAAAGAACUUUCCUUCAGGUCGAAACAAUGAAUCUAGACAUCAUCUUAUAUUUUCACCAGAUGAAGUUUUUUCUAUAAAAAAAUCCGCAGAGCAACUAGUUUUUACACUUUCAUCCCUUGUUAUAGGAUUUUUUACUUCAUUUCCAUCAAAAGAGGCUCCAUCAAAUACUCAUUCUUUAUCUACUGAUGAUAAUUCGUUAAAAUCAAAUAAUCCUUCAGACUCCAACAAUGAACAUGUUUCAUUUUCAUUUAUGCCUCCAUAUUCCGAUUGUUUGACUGUCUGCUUUUGGCUAAAUAAACUACUAAAUAUAAUUAUUAACUCUUCAUUGGGCAUUCUUAAAUUAAAUAUUUCAGAAGAAAUUAAUAAAAGCUUGCAGAAAAUGAUUAACAGUUCACGAGAAAUGUUUGUUGAAGCUAUUAAUGUUGCAUGGAAUGCAGAUUCUUUUCAUUUUUAUUUACUCGAAGAUUGGGUAAAAUCAAGUGAGAACCCUAAUAUAACGAGUUAUCCAAAAGCGUUAUAUGCUUAUGAAUCUUCUAUUAUUUCAAAAAUAAAUGAACUUUUAUAUAUUGAAAGAAAUUCUAAAUUAAAUACCGUGGAUUUAAUAAUUCCACCUUCUAUUAAAACCAUAUCUUCAAUCAAAACUCAAUUUUUGAAAUCAUUAUAUAUUGCUUUAGAAGGACUAAUAAAAAAAGUUUAUCUUAAUAUUGAUCAAAUGAGUUUAAAAAAUACAACUUAUGAAUUUGAGUCAAAUUUUAUAAAUGAAAUAGAUACAAAUGAUAUAGAUACCCGGAUUCUUUUUACUUUAAGCAAUUUUUCUCAAUUACAAAAUAAUAUUAUUGCUAUAUUAUUAAGACAGUUUGAAACACUGUAUUCGAUAUCUUUAGAAGAUGAAUCAAAGGAAAUUCAACUUAAUCAGCGUUUAUUUCAUGAUUAUAUUAAAACGAAAUCUGAAUCUAUUUCUCAGAUUGUGAGAAAUGGAAUACAUGGAUCUUCUUGUAUUUGGUUGUCUGAUGAUCCUCCAUAUGCAAUUCAACCAUACGUGUUCAAUUCUAUAUUAUCUUUACUCGUAGUUCACUCUCAGAUCUCCAAUAUUACAAUGAACCUAAUUUUUCCUAUUUUAACUAAUUUAGUAAAAUCACUUUCUCAAGCUUUAUAUGAAUCAUUUCAAAAAAUUGAUCGUUUUGGUAUAGGAGGAAUGCUCCAGGUUAUUGUUGAAGUAGAAUUUAUUAAACAAGUUUUGGAAACAUUUAUUGAUGAAGAAACUUUUAAAAUAUUUGGGAUGAUAUACACUCAUUUAGAAGAAGCAUAUCACCAUAAUGAUAAUCAGGAAGUUUUGCAAAAAGAACUUGAGAAAACGAAAAAUAUAUUAAUUAAUUAUAGAAAAAUUACACAAGUGCAAUAUUGUUGUUUCAAAGAUGUACAAGAUAUAACUAGAACAUAUUUUUAA